AUGCUUUGCUCUCUAUGGGGCUCUGUGCGUCUAAUAAGCCAGUGAAAUCCUUUUAAUAAUCUGCGCUGGCUGCUCGAAAACACACGCACGUAUGGAGAUAAAUGAUCCAAUCUCUUUCGGUUGAGUGGUUUGAAGGAGAAGAACGACGUUGGUAUGCAACCGCGUGACAAGAAACUCAACGCAAGAUUCCAUCUUUACGCUCGUGCACACUCUUUAACUGUCUCAGAUUGUGAGUUAUAUUGACAUCGAAAAGCCCCGCCCCGAAGGAAUUGCAAAAGAAAUGUUUGUUGGGCAACUUUUGGAUCAAUAAGCCUGGUUCUCAGGAAUGCGUUUUGUGAGAUUGAGGAUUCUGAGCAGACAGAUUUCAUUGUGGAUUAAAUCUGGAUCUAUGCUUUUGCUGCACUAGGCGGCUGGAGAAGUAAUAACAGUUGUUACAAUUAAAAUUUGUGGUCAUAAAGCCAAAUGUGUACACCGUCAGAAACAUUUGAUUUGAUUGGUCAGAACGGAAAACUGAACAUUUUCUAGGGAUUGGCCAGUGCGUCGGAGGAAGGGGGAUCAAAAAUCCAUGAUGGCCGCUUUCUUUUUUUCUCAGCCUCUAUUUUUAAGAGCUACGGUUGAAAAUGAACUGUGUUUGGUACUCGCCCCCGUUGCUUGCUCAAACGUUUUGUGCUUUACACGUUAGCCUUGAGGAAAAGAAAAGUCUUACGGGCAGUUCGAUUGUUCAGACCAUUUCCUCCAUGUUUGUCAUCAACUGAAAUUUCUCACCAAGUUAACCGAGUGAAACAGAAUUACUGCUGCGUGAGAAGUACCCACCGUAGCGUGAACGUCCAGUGAAAAUGGCUGAAAUAACUGGUUAUUUACUCUUGCAAUGUGAUGAAAACAAAUCGGUUUUCAGUAUGAAUAACUGCUGCUGUCGUCGAAAGUUUUCCUACGCGCCGAAGACGAAUGAUUGUGUUCGUGCAUCCAGCACCUUGAAAUCACCCGUCUUAUCGGCUGAAAUCCAAUGUCAAUUUAAGAGCAACAGAAACUGUGCAGCUGUCAAUCGUCUUGUUUCGGGUACAAGUAAAAUCCUUGCUAUGAAUAGCAAAGAAAAUGUUCAAGUGGAUUUGGCCUUUCAAACAAACAUAUUGGUUUAGGAAAUUGUUAAAUUCUGGUUAGUUUUGUUUGAAUAUUAGUUCAAUAAUGUGAGCAAUCAGAGUGUCGACCGUUGAUGCACCAACUUUUAACAUCAAAACUCAAUUUCAACUCUCGAACGAAAAAGAAAAUCGAGAAUGGCGUGGCUUCACAAGUUUCAUACCUGCCCCCCUCUUUGCUUUUCAAAGUUGUCUUUUUGUUUAAUGUUUUCACCUAUUGAUGAAUGCAAAGUUUACCGUUGGAAUUCUCGCGAAACUUUGUUCGCAUUUAACUUUAAAUGGAUUCAACUGACGGUCCUCCAACUCUGACGAUGAGGUAUUUGAGUUGCAUUGAUUCAUUACGUCUGUAUAGGUGGAGAUUCGUGUAAUGAUUUUAGAACUUUGCCAUUGAUUGCAUUGCGUUGCCGACAAUGAUCAUUCACCAAAGAAAUGGCGCAAUCAACCUGGAUGUCAAACGGCUGCUAUGAUUAUGUUUUGCUGGCCGCACGUGAAAUCAGCCAGAAUGCGGUCAUCACACAAUCGCGUCCUAGCAGCCGUUGUCAGGGGAAUGGUUGUUGACGGCCUUGCAUAUACUUGUCCGGGCAAGGUCUUCUAUUUUCCGUAAUAGACACCUGGUCUCAUCUACGUGGCUGUAAAAGAAUUCCUGCUGGCCGACGAUGGAAACGGGAGGAGCAAAAGAGACGGCCGAAGACUUCUGCGCUGACAGCCGCCAUCAAGUGCAGACGAUGUACGUCCAGGUGGAGCAACGUCCAACCUGCCCAGACAAGUCGAACGACGUAGCAGAACGAUGCGAUUCGCCGACUGCCACGGCUGGCCGCUACGUGGUCACCGUGAAGCUGGAAUGUCCCGACUCUCAGGUCAUCACUCAAGCCUGGACGCUGGCCACGUCCGCAGGUUCGCUCAAAGAGCGUCUUUCGCGGAUGGUUGAACUGCCCGUCGCCACCCUACACCUGACACACGCUGGUCGGGCCGUCCAGGAUCACGUGACGUUGGGAGAAUUGGGUGGUCGUGUCAACGAGACCAUUUCCCUCUCGUUGCGCUCCGUCGAUCCAGUCGUUUUCCCCAUCCGCAUCAAAUCUAUUCUUCCACCGGAAGAUCUCAUGCCUCUGCCGGACGUCAUCACCGUCCGCAUUCACGCCAAGAACGUUCCAGAUAGAGAUCUAGUGGUGGAAAUUGAAAAUCAAAGUGUUCGGCAACCGUUUCUCGGUGGUUGGCGCAAAAAGAGUAACGGAUUGUGUUACUAUCAUGCCCAAACUCAAACCGAUUACACUGUCGGCCCAGGUGAUCGAAUCCGCAUCUUAACGCCAGAGCCGAAGAGUAAAGAUUGCCAGGUGGCUACCAUACGCGACAAUCACACGCAGAGUUCGUCUAGCGUCUCGUGCCAAGUGCGGCCCUUCGACUGGAACUUGUCGUCACGAGAAGAUCAUCUCAACGCAACCAGCCGAUUCGUGACGGUCGAUGACGACGAAAAAUCGCGUAGAGUUAAACGACGGAUGUCCGAAAGGGAUCAAGACAAUUCAUCGAGACCCGUUUCCGUGACCAGUUCUCUAUCCGAAUCAAUUGAUGAUAAUAAUCCAACUAUCGAACCGGUCGAAGCGCUCAUCAUCCGCUUCGGUGACGUCACUAUCGAAAAGAACCGUUGCAAUGACGUCGAAGAUCAACUGGAUAAUCAUCGCAUCAUUUUCCACGAAAUUGAAAUGCUCAAUUCGACCAAGUCGUCGGCGGUGAAAGAUCGAAUACUUCGCCGUCUUUUGCAUAGGAUCUCGCAGCCGAAAGUGUGGCGAUCGUCGACGGGGGCCGUCGUCGAGGUAGACACAGUCGAAAUUGAAUAUCUCCGUGAACUGCGGCUCAUGUACGAAGCCGUUUGCAAUUCAACUCUGACUGAGGAUCGCGUUCGAGCUCUACAUCUUUUAAAACGAACGCUUUGGAAAAAGAGCGGACCGUUGGUCAAGGAACUAUUGCAAUUGGCUGAUCGUGAACUGGACCUGCUCGCCCGAGGGCUCAUGUCGUCUGCAUUGAGCGGCCUCCAGUCUCGACUUCGUGCGCUGUUGCGUCAUUUCAUCACUGACCAGCUUCCCCAACCGCCCUGCCUUUAACGACAUCGACUUGAAUUUUGUGCUGUCACGGAUCAUUUCGCUGGAACAGUAAACUUUGAAUUUACUUUAAAGAUUCAAGUACCAAGAAACAAGGAACUUAAAAAUGUGUUGACAAGCAUAAAUUCAUUUUUCAUUUGAAAUUUGAUUGAACGAUGGCUGUUGUCAAAUGGUCAUUUGUCUCCCGCGACGGUUGCACGCGUUGCCAAGCAAUCGAUAAGAAACGCUGACGCCUUUCAUGCGGCUAUUAAAAACUUUUGGGUAUCGUGCUGACGUUAACGUGCAAUUUAAACUCCCCUCAUGUGUUGGCACUUUUGUUGUCGUUGUAACAAAUAGCGGUUUUGCUAUUCAUCCAAGCGCGUUUUAUUUGGCUGCACGAUCGUGUGGUCAUGGCCAGUAUAAACUGCAACCAAAAAUAAUGGCUCAUAAUAUUUCAUAUUCUCGCCGUACGCAAUAAAUGCAAAUAUUGCCAA